CCCAUUCACUAUAUAAUAUAUUACAUAGAAAGAAAAAUAUAGCUAUGUUUUACCUUAUUUUACCUUAUUUUUGCAAUGGAAUUGGGAGAUAUUCCUAAAUAUUUUGCAGGAAAGACCAUUUUAGUUACAGGUGCAACGGGAUUCCUAGGAAAAGUUUUUGUGGAGAAGAUAUUAAGGGUUCAACCAAACAUAAAUAAGUUAUACCUUCUUGUGAGAUCAUCAAAUACUCAUUUAGCUACUCAACGCUUACACUUUGAGGUCUUUAAGAAAGACUUGUUCAGGUUGCAAAGAGAUGAGAAGGGUGAGAAUUUUGGUACUUUCAUAUCCGAGAAAGUUGUUGUUGUUGUUGGAGAUGUGUCUCUUGAGAUGUUGGGAGUAAAAGAUGCAAAGAUGAGAGAGGACAUGUUGAAAGAGAUAAAUAUAAUAGUACAUUCCGCUGCCACCACCAGAUUUGAUGAGAGAUUUGAUAUUGCAAUGGCCACAAAUACAAUGGGAGCUUUCAAUGUGUUGAGUUUUGCAAAAAACUGUCUCAAGCUAGAGAUUCUUUUACAUGUAUCUACGGCUUAUGUGUAUGAGCAGACGAAAGGACUUAUUAGUGAGAAACCCUUCUUUAUGGGUCAGACACUCAAAGGCUCGUCAACAUUGGACAUUGAAUUAGAAAAGAAGUUGAUAGAGAACAAAUUAAGUGAGCUCGAAGCACAAAAGGCCGAUGAACAGACAAUCGACAUGGUUAUGAAAAAGUUUGGAAUUGUAAGGGCAAAUUUGCAUGGAUGGCCAAAUACCUAUGCAUUUACAAAAGCAAUGGGAGAGAUGCUUGUAGCAAAUAUGAAAGAUCUACCUUUGAUUAUUAUACGUCUAACUGUCGUAACUAGCACUCACUUUGAACCAUUUUCAGGUUGGGUCGAUGAUGUGAGGUAUUUAAAAAACUUAUCUAUCUCUUUCCUGUUUUUUUUUAUAAUAUCGUUGUACUUUUAUUAUGUAAUGAAUAUCAUGUUUUGUCAUUUAAAUAAAACUCAAUUAAACACUAUUUCGAUCUUUUAACCUAUAUGUUGUGCA